GCGGACGACACAUCUCUCUUGACAUCACCGUUCACGACCACUGUCUUAUGCGUAAUAAGUAUUGGUGUUACUAUUACGGCUGCUGCAACGGAUCGCUCAGCAUAUAGCCUUCAUCACAACUUCUUUUUUUUUUUACUUUGUCCAACGCUGUUCAUCCCCCCUCCCUCUCCCCUCUCUAUCUAGCCAUCUAUCGAAAUACAUAUGUGAAUAUGCAGGCAUCCACGCGUGGCAGCGCCUCCUCCGCCUCUGUGGCGGGAGCCAACGGCAGCUCCCUAUGGCGCCGCCUACAAGCCUUGCAGCCUACGCUUGACCUCACCACGGCCCACAUCCUCCACCCCACUCCUACACCCUCUUCGAUGACAUACAGCUUUGUCGUCGUGCCCCCGCCAGUCCCGGCCGCCACGUCGACCUUCGAGCGGCACGUCGCGUCGUUGUUGUCUCACGUACCGCAUCCGGCAUUCAUGACGUGCACGAGCUACAGUCCGUACUUCAGCAGCGCAGCAGCAGCGGCGGCGGCGGCAGCGGGCUCGAUACACCCCGCCGACGCGUCGGACGUUGCGGAGGUCUCGGCGACGCAGCAAGCCCUUGCAUUCUUGAACGCGCAGUUACCGGUUGAUGCGGGGCUUGUACUGACGAUCACCGCCACGCGAACCACCACCACACCGAAUGCAGCGGACGAGUACACGCGCCACCUCGUAAGAACCGGCGGCGGCGGCGGGCCCCCCUCCACGUUGACCGGGGCCUCAGAAGAUGGCAUUCGAGCUGUGAUGCGCGACUUCACGCAUCGCACCGUGACCUUGUCUCCCACCAACGCCACGACCGCCCCGGCGAGUUGUCGCAAUGCGGGUCUGAUGGUGCUGCGUGGCGACGAUGGUGGUUACACCCGUCGUCGGCAUCCGGCGGCGGCGACGGCGGCGGCGCACGGCAGCGGCGCGCAGCAACUCCCCUUGUUUUACCCCACCACCGCUGCCUCUGCUGAUGCUGACUCCGCCUUCUCCCAUUUGCCGAACCCGUACUCGACGUUUGCCGAUGGUGCGGCGCUGCUGCGCUUUGUGGUCAGCGAGCAGGCGGCACCACCCGGUGAUGCCACCGUAGCGGAUCUGUGCCUCUUUACAGGUGGCUAUGCGCAGGGCCACGUGCUGGAUCGGGUGUGGGACGACACGGAGGCGGCACCGAAGGCGAGAGGCGACGUCUCCGCGCAGCACGCGAGCACCACCGGCGUGCCGCUGUCGCAUCAAACGGAUUCCUCCUUGGCAUUUCUGGCGCGACUGGAGAAGCUGUACGCAGACACGGAAGCGACGCUGCGCUUGGCGCAGGGGCCACCGCACGCCCCGCAUGCAGCCACCGUGGAAACCUGCCGGGCGAUUGCAGACGCCCUUCUCGUCCGACUCGACGCCGUUCGACAGCUGUGGCUGACCCCUUCGCACUACUCCGCCGAGGCACGUGCGGCCUGCACGCGGCAGCUGAUCGAAGAGAAGGUGUUGUUGUGGAAAGGGUCGGAGGCGCUGAAUGGUGGCAGCGGUGGCGGUGGUGGUGCUCGUGUGAUUGUGACGCAGAUGCUGACCUCUGCGGAUGAAUUUGCGGGCUACGUCGACGACGUGCAGCGUGCGUUGCACGACGUCAUUUGCAAUGGAAAGAGCGCGAGACAAGAGGACGGCGCGGCGUUGGUGCUGGUGCCGGGAUUGAUGGCCCCCCUCCGCGGCGAGCAGUUCGUGCGCGCCACGCUGCUGCUGAAGGUGAUUCCGAGCGCGCCGGUGCGGGACGCGUUAGACGUCUACGAGGCGGCGCUCAAGUCUGCGUGCUCUCAUCUGGACGACGCGUCGGACCGCGUUGCACCCGACGCGGAAAGCGCUGCUGUGCGCCUUUUCCAGCAGGCGAAAGAGGCAGCAGAGGUGGCGUUUCAGCGCGCCGUGGAGGACUUCACGGUGGCGGUGGCGCGCAGCCUCUACGCGCGUGGCUACACGCAUGUCAACUUCUCCGCCUUCCAGUACGGGUGCGGAGAGGCGGUGGGUCGGGUAGUGGCGAGGUUGCCUCAUUGA